UUAAAACAUUUAUAAAUAAAUAUGAGUACAUAUAAAAUCAUAAAUAUUAUCAAGACGUUUGUGUUUCAAAUUGAAAUGAUUUAUUUUAAUGCUGACUUCAGGUCAGCUAAACCACCGCGUCAUAGGACCCAACAUUUUGUGGCACAUUUCAAAUUUCAAAACAAACGAGUCGCGCCUGUCAACUGUUAAGAUGGACUCGAUGGAUUGAACACAAGACAGCCUUAUUCACACAUUUCACAACUAAUACAGUACGAAUACAUGUAGUGUUUAAAAGCCUCUCUGGUGAUGUGUGUUUGAGUUUCAACACAAUAAUCACCAUAAUUCCUCUUUUUAUGCGUCUAUGAAGGUGGCUCAUUGUGUCACUAACUAGUGAUCCGACCAACUGAUCUAUUUGUUCGCCGAGAAGCAGUUGGAUUACAUUGAUAAUUGAACGGACUGGCGAGAUGGAGGGUCAUGGAAGAUCAUUUGACGGUUCAAAUAGCGCAGUGAAAGCUCCGUCCAUCGAGGACUUUGUGGUGGUCAAACCCAUCAGUCGAGGAGCCUUUGGGAAGGUUUACCUCGCCAGAAAGAAAUGCAACUCCAAACUCUAUGCGAUCAAGGUGGUGAAGAAAGCAGAUAUGGUGGAUAAAAAUAUGACCAAUCAGAUGAAAGCUGAGAGAGAUGCUCUGGCUCUCAGUAAAAGUCCUUUUAUUGUGCACCUGUUUUACUCUCUGCAAACAGCAACCAAAGUCUAUCUGGUGAUGGAGUAUCUGAUUGGAGGAGAUGUGAAAUCACUGCUUCAUAUCUAUGGGUACUUUGAUGAAGACAUGUCUCUGAAAUUUAUCUCAGAGGUUGCAAUCGCUCUCGAUUACCUUCACAGACAUGGCAUAAUUCACAGGGACUUGAAACCUGACAACAUGCUAAUUUCUAAUGAAGGUCACAUUAAGCUCACAGACUUUGGGCUAUCCAAGGUUAAACUUGACAGAGAACUAAACCUGAUGGAUAUUUUAACCACACCGUCUUUGGCAAAGCCUAAGAAAGAUUAUUUCAGAACACCUGGUCAAGUUCUGUCGCUAAUAAGCUCUCUUGGUCUGAAUACCCCAGUGACAGAGGGUAAGCAUCACAGUAGCACAGUGCUGGGCAGCCCAAUGUCCUGUGGGAAGGUCAAUCAUAGGAAGAGUUCUCUGUGCUCGCCUAUACUGAAGAGAAGAGCAGAGUACCUCAAUUCCCCAAUAUGCUCAAGCCGAACUCUAGGAUCCAACAGUGUGUUCAGUCCAGGUGUGCUGGCUAAGAGUUUAACACCAAGGCUGAUGAAAUCAAGGAAGAGAUUUGAGACACUAAGUGCUGUUAGCCUGUUACCAUCCACAACGGAUUCUGAAGACUGUGUCAGCCCGAUGUGGGAAGAUGAGCAGAAUUUACAAGAUGGCGAGAACCUUCCUAAAUUACACAGAAAAGAACCGGGUAACAGAAAUCAAAGAAACAGUUCUGUAACACCGCUGGAAAAAAAGAUUUUGAUGCCACUUGAUAACCAAGUGGACCUUAGCAGAUUUAUUAAACCAGACAUUUCUGUAAAGAGACUGCAGUUCAAUGCAGCUGACAACUGUGCCACUCCUUUGGGUAAGGCUGCUCCCCGUCAGUCAAUAGAGGGCAGUCUUGCAAAACCUGAGCCGCCAAUGGAACCAAAGUCCUCAGCCAAGCGAGGGUUUGAAGAAGUAGAAAAAAGCCCAGAUGAAGCUGAAAUCCAUUCCAAGAAAAACGAUGCCAUCUACAAGAGAUGUUUCCAAAUUCCAGAGGUGAAUCAAGGUGCCCACACCGGUUUGACUGGAAUUUUCUCCAUUGCUAAUCUUGAUGAUUUCAAAAGUGAACCAAUAUGUCAACAGAGAAUCGUCCCUAAGCAAUCUAGUCCCAUUGUCGUGGCCAAAAACCUCUUUUGUGAACUAGAAGAUCCUGUUGAGGUGGAAGCUAAAACAGUUACCAACUCCAGCUCCCCAAUUUCACCUGUUGGCGGGCAAAAUAUUAGAGGAAGCCUUAGUUUGGACUGUGAUACCUCAGUCCAUGAGAUGUCUGUAGUCACCAACACAACUCAACAAUCGGCACAUUACAAACAAGAUGCUUUGUCUUCCUCUUUUGAAGAUCUUAAAGAAAGUGAGACGCCUGCAGCCAAGUCCACAAUAGCUUCACUAAAGCAAAGCAAUACAAAACAGCAGAGAGGGGAAUCUGAAAGUUCUCUUCUUGACCAUCUCCAUGACCUAUCCAAAAGUAUGGUCAGAUCACCUGGGUUCCUCAAACCCAAGAACUUGGUUAUGUUCAGGAGCUACUGCAGCUCAAUAAACCGGUCUUGUAACUCGCAUCUCAGCCUGGCCUCUUUGGACGCCAUGGAGAUGUCAGCUUCAGCUUCUUUCCACAGUGCACCUUCUGCAGUCACACCAGUUCAGAAGAAAAGGCCCAGUCUGAGCAGCUCUCUUUACCAGACUCCCCAGCAGAUGGUUAUGUCACAUACUCCUUAUAGGACACCAAAAAGUGUCCGCAGAGGUCCAGAACGUGUAGAAGGAGCCCCUAUCCUGGGAACUCCUGAUUACUUGGCACCAGAACUUCUGUUAGGCAAACCUCAUGAUUUCAUGGUGGAUUGGUGGGCUUUAGGUGUCUGUCUUUUCGAGUUCCUCACAGGAGUGCCUCCUUUCAAUGAUGAGACCCCUCAGCUGGUGUUCCAGAACAUUCUCAACAGAGAUAUACCAUGGCCAGAUGGAGAGGAGGAGUUAACCAAGAAUGCAAGAAAUGUCAUCGAGAUUUUGCUCACCAUGGAUACAGCCAAACGUGCUGGCUUAAAAGAACUGAAAGAUCAUCUGUUCUUUGAGGGUGUGGACUGGGAAAACCUUCACAAUCAGAGCAUGCCCUUCAUCCCACAACCCAACGAUGAGACCGACACGUCGUAUUUUGAGGCGAGAAACACGGCCCAACAUCUCACUGUAUCAGGCUUCAGUCUGUGAAUAUACACAUAAAGAAACUAUUUGAUAUGUGUAAGAUAUUAUUGUGUUGUGUGGAAACUUUAAUGGAAUAUGUCACUACAAACCUGUAUGACAAAUAAAAUUUUUUUUAUUCAAACUCAGACCUGUCAAGUGCCAAAAAGGACAAAAAGCACCAUAAAACCAAAAGUAGUUGAUACAGCUUGCACAUUUUUUGGGGUAAACUAUUCCUUGUAAUAAAUACAGAUGUCCUCACUGCCAUAGUGCUCUUGUUAUCUUCUUCGUUACUUGUUUUCUCUCUCUCUCUCUCUCCCCGCUUCUUCCUUCUGUCUUUGGUAAUUGAUGUUGUAUGUUUGUUAUGAAGAGAGAGAUGGUGAAUAAAUGUAGGGUUUCUGAAAUGCAGUGAGGUGGGCGUUUGACCCUUACGUACAUAUGCCAUAAGACUGGUUUCAAAUCAAGACUUGUUUGGAAAAAAGUAAUAUAUUAUGUAACACUACUAUUUGUACUUCCUUAGUGGACAAUUAUAUUUAAGCCACUGAUGUUUUUAACUCGUGUUUUCUUGAGAACUAUGUUUGUAUGAGUGCGGUUUUAUUUUAACAUGCAAAAUGUUUUAACGUGUCUACACUGAGUUCUAAACAUGCUGAUGCUUCAUAAAUGUUUCAGUUCAUACUCAUUUAAUCAUACCUGAAAGGUUUGUGUUUAAUAAUCAUUUAUUUCAUAACUUUUUUCUGUUUGAAUAAGGUGCAGAUGUAACCUGUGAUUUUAGUAAGUU